AAAGAGGGAGGGGUCUACUGCUUAUUAACUUCAGUGCCUGAGAAGUCCAGAGCCAGCUGCUCUGCAAACUCGGAUUGCACUUCGCCACCAUGUCUGGAGAUUCCACCAAGAGCCUUGGCAAGGGAAGUUCGCCCCCAGGGCCUGUCCCGGAGGGCGUGAUCCGCCUGUACAGCAUGAGGUUCUGCCCGUUUGCUGAGAGGACUCGGCUGGUCCUGAAGGCCAAGGGAAUCCGUCAUGAAAUCAUCAAUAUCAACCUCAAGAACAAGCCUGACUGGUUCUUUAAGAAGAAUCCCCUUGGUCUGGUUCCAGUUCUGGAAGAUAGUAAGGGGAAAGUGGUGUAUGAAUCUGUCAUCACGUGUGAGUACCUGGACGAAGCCUACCCAGGGAAGAAGCUGUGGCCAGAGGACCCCUAUGAGAAAGCUCGCCAGAAGAUGAUCUUUGAAGCCUUCACCACGAUACCUCCUUUGUCAUCAAGCUACAGCAGGAAGCGAAAAACUGAAGACUGCUCUGCCAUAAAAGAAAACUUGCGCAAAGAAUUCAGCAAACUAGAGGAGAUUCUGGCUAACAAGAAGACAACCUUCUUUGGUGGCAAUUCUGUCUCCAUGACUGAUUACCUCAUCUGGCCCUGGUUUGAACGGCUGGAAGGACUCGAGAUAACUGACUGUGUGGACCACACUCCUAAACUCAAGCUCUGGAUAGCAGCCAUGAAGAAAGAUCCUGUGGCAGGACCACUUUUUCUUAACCCGAAUGACCAUCAACAUUUCAUGGAGCUGUAUUUAAAGAACAGCCAUGAGGCCUGCGAUUAUGGGCUUUGAGGGAGGCAGGAGGCUGCAGAGGAGCUGUGUAUGCUACUUCCUUCCACUAAUAAAAGCAGUACCAUGCCUUUA